AUGCUCGGUCGCCUCGAGAUGACAGUGCAGGAAUGCAUCGACAGAGAUCAAGAGGAUCAAAACCGUCACCGACAGGUAUCUCGAACAGCCAUUGAGGGCCUCGGUAGGGUUGGAAAGACGCAGAUUGCCCUCGAGGCCUCCUAUCGGGUCCACGACACAAAUCCCGACUGCUCCAUCUUCUGGGUCCCGGCUACCGAUGCAACUAGCUUUGAGAACGCCUACCGCGUGAUCGGGCGGCAGCUCGAGAUUCCAGGAAUCGACGACGGGAAGGCCGAUAUCAAGACACUGGUCAAGGGAGCUCUGAGCCAGGAGAACGCUGGCGCAUGGCUCUUGAUCAUUGAUAAUGCCGAUGAUGUACAGUUACUAUUCAGCAACCUAGCUCUCUGCGAGCAUCUUCCAUUCAGCAGAGACGGCUCGAUCCUAUUCACGACCCGGAAUCACGAGAUAACAGAACGUCUCGAUAUCCGCAGGAUGGAUGCUAUCACUAUAGCAGAAAUGAGUAUCCGCCCUAAUCUCAAGAAGCAGCUUGACUACUUCUGUGACGCUGGAUCCGGGUCACGUGUGCUGAUCAUGUGCGGGGCCUCCAGGCCCUCGGGGCCUCCAGGCCCUAUGUGCCUAAGGAUACCACUCCGCGUCAUAGGGGAUUAUUACCCCGCUCGGACGCCUCGGCGGCCUUUCCUGCUUGAACAGCUCGCUGAUUGCGAACCCGUCUGGGACCUCGUCUUGCCAGUCCGGGUCGCCGGACCUGGAUAG